AGUCUAAUUGUGUUUAGGGUUUUAUUUACUUUUGACUUUUGAGGUUAUAGUUUUGUUAUUCAAGUGUAAAAUGUAGUUUACUUGUUGUAACAUUAAGUUGUAUGUUUAUCAAUGUGUUAGAAAAAAUAAAUUGUUGAAAUUAUUUUUAUAUAUAAUACGGUUUGUAGUUAUUUAGGGUCGUUUUAUAAUAAUAAUUUAGCCGGUUGCUCUAUUUAUACAAUGACAACAUUCGAAAAUUUAUCACCGAAGCAGAAAGUUCGAGUUUCCCUACAUCGCGACAUCCGGACUAUUUGCACUGAAACAUGCCAUCUAAUGGGAUUGGAUAUAACAAAAUCAGCAAUGGAGAUAGUUUCAGAACUUGUGUAUAAAAAACUUAUAAUUUAUGGCACAGACUUGGAGGCAUUCGCAAAACAUGCAAAACGGACAGUAAUUAAUGCAGAUGAUGUAAAACUUCUGGUUAGAAGAAACCCUUCAUUGAAAACUCACUUGAACGCAAACCAACCAGCAGCCAAAGACAAGAGACGCAAAACAGUAACACCGGCCAGUAAACCAGAGACACCCGCGCAAAAGACAACAGACAAAGAUGGCGCACCCGACACGUCAAGGGUUAUGGCGCCAAAAGUUACUAAAGAAAAUACAGCGUUUAUAGAAACAAGUGCGUCCAAACAAGAUGACCAAGCGUUUGAACAUAUGGAUAUAACUGACGCUAUUGAUUUGACUUUUGAUGAUUAAUUUGGUGAUUUAUUUCUAAGUAAAGAUGAUUUUCAUUUUA